AUGGCGCGUCCCGCGGCCGUCCUGUGCCUGCUGCUGGCCCUCCUGGGCGCCGGCUCGGUGGCCGCUGCCGCUUGGAGCGCCGAGGAUGCCGAGGCGGAACCCGCAUCGGCGGGCGGUCCUCGGCCCCCCAGCCCGAAGCCUUCCCCGCCCAGCCCGCGCCCGCCGCCGCCGCCGCCCAGCAACGCGCGCGCAUGGGGCGCCAACGGCUUUGGCCAGCUGGGCAACGGCGAGAUCGGCGACUCGGCGCAGGACGUCGUCAUCGUCUCCGGCUCCCUGCAAUUCACCUCUGUCGUGGUGGGCGGCUACCACGUGUGCGGCCUGGAAGGCGGCGGCGCUGCGUACUGCUGGGGCAAGAACAUGGAUGGUCUGGUGCCCAUCCUGGGCGUGGGCGAGGAGUUCAACGGAGUGGUGCCGCAGCCCUCGCCGGUGCUGGGCGGCCACACCUUUGCCGCCCUCGCCGCCGGCGUCGACUUCACACUGGGCCUGCUCGCCAACGGCUCCCUGCUGGCCUGGGGCUCGAACAACUGUGGCCAGCUGGGCGUGGGAGACACCGACCCUCGCAGCGUGCCCACCCCCGUAGCCACCGACGCCACCUUCACUGGCGCCUCUGCCGGCAACGGCUUUGCCUGCGCCAUGCGUGCCGACACCCGCACCCCCAUGUGCUGGGGCCGCGGCGACCGCGGCCAGGUUGGCGACGGCGCCGCCGUCGACCGCCUGGUCCCCACCAGCGUCAACCUCACCGAUGUGCGCCCCAGCAACAAGACAUUCCUCUCGCUGACCUCUGGCGAUCGCCACACCUGCAUGCUGCACGCCCCAACCUACGCCGUCUACUGCUGGGGCGACAACCUCGCCCGGCAGAGCGCCCAGUUCGGGGUCAACCUGGUGCCGGUGCCGAAGCAGGCCUGGAGCGGCGACUGGCAGUGCAGCGCGCUGGCGGCCGGCUACGAGCACGGCUGCUGCCUGCAGUACAGCCGCGACUUCCCGGCGGAGGUGGGCCUGGUGCGGUGCUGGGGCAGCAACGAGUACGGCGCCCUGGGCCUGGGCACCACCUCCACCACGCCCGUCCACUUCCCAGAGGACCCGGUGGCGGGCGGCCGCACCUACUCCGCCAUCUCGGCCACCAACUACGCCGGCCACACGUGCGCGCUGGAGGCCGGCACCGGCCUCGCGUACUGCUGGGGUAUCAGCUUCUCGCGCCAGGUGGGCGGCGGCCUGGCAGACAGCGUCUACUCGGUGCCCACCCCCGCCGACCCACAGAACCGCACCUUUGCCGCCGUCGUCGCGGGUGGCGAGCAGACGGUGUCGCUCGUGGCCUGACGUCAGUGCGCCGCUCGCCGCCUGCAAAGGCUGAGCCCGAAUGGCUGCCGUUGGGGCCUCCUGUGCGUUCACGGCCGGCAGCGGUUGUGGCAGCACCACGGGUUCUGCCACACCUCCCUCCCUGAUUUUUCCACAUGUUUGAACUCAUACGAACAAAUGCAGCAGGUUCCCAGCUGCUGCCACCUCUCAGCCAGCUGCCUAUUUCGAAUUGGUUGGUCUGAAUUUUCCUCGUGUGCCUGGAGCUUUCUGCCGCUUUCUCGGGAGUUUUCUGCCACACAAAAUCGCCCCCCUUGAUUUUUCCAAAUGCUUGAACUCACAAUGAACAAAUGCAACAGUUCCGCGCCGCCUUCCUAACUACACCCGAGCUGCCCCUUCACAUACGUAUGUUCAUAUGUUUGCAUCCCCCCGCCUGUCGAGAGUUUCCUGCCGCUUUCUGCCCCCCUCGGUGCUCUGGAUUUCCAAUUCAACAUCUGAGUC